UAAUGUGCCACUGUUUUUUGGGGGGGGUUUUGGAAAGGAAGAAGAAAACAGGUCAAGAACCUGGGAAAAGGAUUUGGAUGGUUAAAUACAGAUUAGAAUGUAGUAUUUGCAGCAUGACCUCAGCCAACUGCUGUUAAACACUACAACUUACCAACCAAAGAAGAGGAGGUGCACAUUAAACCUGUGCAAGGAUGAUGUCCCCUUACAAACAUCGAAAGAGAAAAUGGUCAGAAUCAUUCAUUCAUUACAAGAGACCCAGAUAUGACGCUCCAACGGUGGAAGCCAUGUCAGAGGCAAAUCGUUUUUCAUGUUCCACCACGGAGCAGGAGGCUUUUUUGAAGACUGAAGCUGACACAAGUUACUACACUGGUCUCAACCCACACUUCAAUAAGAACCCUGACAGUGGAGGUGAAGAGUUGGAGUAUGACGCAAGGAAACCCAGAUAUCACACUCCAGAGGCUGAGGAUGUAAUAAGAGCAAACCUUUCUUUAUGCCGCGAGGAUGAGCCUUAUUCAGUCAUUAGUGAAGCUGACUUUGACACAAUUAAGUGCUCUGGCAUUUACUCACUCAUCAGUGAGAACCCUGACGACACUCCAGAUGACAGGUUGCCAGAGUCUGAUACAAGUCAAACCAGUGUCAUCUUCAACCAUGAAUUUGCUUCUGACGCUAAUGGCUCUUCAAAAUGGCAGUCCGACCUAGCUGGUCAUAGCUGGAGUCUACAGGCCGAGCCAAGCAUCAACCAUCGUACCUCAGUGAAUGAAAAACUAAGUAUAAGAAGGGAAAGGCUCAAAAGAAAUGCGCUGAACCUUAUUGGAGGUGAUGCGGUCAAACUUCAAUUUAAUCACAGGGUUAAUGGUUGUGUCACAUGGCAGCACAAACUGACCAGGUAUUUUAGGAAUCUUGUGGCCAAACAGAGCUUUGAUAGACUGUCCUCGACUGGAAGUGAUGAAGAAUUAUAUAUCAGCAUGGAAGAAGACAGAGAGAAGCUGCAGCCUCACUGUGCUGAGGUGGUGGACCUUCGCUUGCCUCUUGAUGCUCAUGACUUUUCAACCUGGCAGUACAACUCAACCGAUCAUGAUCUGGAUGAACACGCUGAGUCACACUUUGACAGACCAACCUCCUAUGAACAUUAUGAAAAACCAUACUUUGACAUAAAAAAUAGCAACGAUGAGGAGCCAUUCUGUCUUGGGCUGCCAAACUUGGAGCAAACCUGCUAUAUGAAUGCCACUCUGCAAGCCCUCCUGUCUCUGACACCGUUUGUUCAGGAGGUCAGCAAGCAGAGGAAGGUUUGGAGCUAUUGUCCCACCUCUGAAGUCAUGAGGUGGUUUAUGAAGGUUAAAUGUUGCCGCUUCUCGAAUAACAACAAAACAAAGACAUACAUCCUGGCUGCCUUUAAAAUGAUUGUUGCUGCGUUUAACCCAGAGUUUGAAGACAGCUUUCAGAAGGUGAGUACAGUUUUAGUGGAAAACACACCACAUAGUAAUACACUAAACUGUACAUAUCCUAUGAUUGUUACUUCCACCUCCCUCACACUCUUUACUAAAAACAUUUUGCAGGAUGCACACGAGUUCCUCACCUGUGUGCUAGACAUGAUGAAGUCUCAAUCAGUCAAACUUCAGAAGUCCGCAUGCUUUAUGGGCCUGAGUUACACCUGCCCUGUAAAUGCUCACAUCACCUUCCAGAUGUUGAGCACCAGGACCUGCACAGGAUGUGGAGUCCAGUCAUUUAAAAAUGAGGACUACAUCAACCUUGCCCUAGACCUGGUCCCUGGAGGGUCACUGAGUGAUUGUCUAGAGGAGUACCUUAAAGAGAGUGAACUGGAGUAUAAAUGCGAGUGCGGUGCUGAGAAGUCAACACUGUCUUCUUCGUUCUUGAACCUACCAAAUGUGUUGAUCGUCCAGUUGAAGAGGUUUACCUUCACUCAGUUAUGCACAGGGAUUAAGUUGGAUAAACCCGUGCAUGUCCUGCAGGACCUGGAGGUGAAUCCUGGCAAAUGUGGCUCCAACAUCCAAAAGACCCAUUACUGUCUGAUCAGCAUCAUCAGCCAUCUGGGCAAAACACCUGACUCUGGCCAUUAUGUUUGUGAUGUCGUACGAAGAGAUACUUCAGGUGUCUUGACAGACGAUUGGCUGAUAUUCAGUGACAUGCAGGUCUGGGAGGCGACGGGAGCCUCGAUCUGUCAAUGGCGGGAGAGAACGGCCUACCUGCUCUUCUACGAGAAGACCCCUUGACCCUUCCUGGACUUCCUGGUUCUUCCUCGCCACACGUUUUGCCAGACGAGUUUUGUGUCUAACUUCUGGUGGAAGAGGAAUAAUCAGGAGACACUCAAUGAAUUGCAAUGUUGUUCCAAGGAAACAUGCCUGUAAUGAAAUACAAAUAAACAGGAGAAAUCCCAGCUAAUGUUUCAAAAGCCAAAACAUUUACCACUGAACCAUCCAAGCACACCUAUGGUCAAUUUCAAGUGUCCAAUUAACCUAGUCCCCAAUGUGCAUGUUUUUGGACCGUGGGAAUCAGAGCACCCGGAGAGAACCCACACAGAAAGGCCCUCAGUCAAAUCUGGAUCCGAACAGCUAACCUUCUUGCUGUGAGGUAACAACGCAAGUCACUGCACCAUUGCAUGUCCCAAUGUAUUGACUAAAAAAAGUGGCAAGCUGUUCCACAGCUGAGGUCCCGUGACUGCAAAGGUCACUUCCAAAAUGGUAAACACUUCCUGUCUCCUAAUAGGCGAGGUUAAAAUUAUACUAACUCUAAAUCUGUGUCACUCCAUGCAGAUUUUAAGUCAUCACUCUGGUUUUCUGCCUCAGAAACUCAGCAUUCACUCAUGAAGCCAUGGACAAGAUAACCUGUGAAAGUUCAAAUGGAGCAUGAGACAGAGGAAGAAAGGAAGCGGGAUGGUUGUUGGUACCACACAGGCUGGUCUGAGUAUUCAUACCCAGCCAUCUCAAAUUCAAAGUGCCUCUAUUGUCAGUGUAUCAUUAAAAGAAAUGUCA